AUGAGUACCACUGCUGUCCAGAAGAACUCGGGAACUGAGCGUCUUGGACCGGAUCGUCCAAAUUCCAGCGAAGACCAGCUACAUAAAGCUCAAAUUUACAACGACAUCUGCAGAUAUGAAGAAACGCUUGGGCAGCUAGUAACGGCGGUCGACAAGUUUCAUCCAACUAUACAGAGUGCCAAGGACCUGAUUGAGGCAGACAAAAAACUCUCAGAAACCUUGGCGUCGUUGCAAAGAUACGAUGAGAUCGACACUCGUGCCAGAAAACUCGAUGAAGAACAUAAGAAGACCGAUGAAAAGACGGCGAGGAUUCUACAGACACUUACAGAAUGUCACCAAGAGCUCAAUUCACUCCCCAUGCUGGAACAAGUUGAGUUUGAGCGCGACACUAUACUCAAACAACGUGAAAAAGUGUUCACAGAUGUGCUUCUUGAUUACGCCAUGAAACUCGCCAAAUUCACGCAUGUACCGCCAACCUUCAACAUGGGCUCCGUGGGUCCAAACAACUUCGUAUGGCCUGCCGAGGAUGCCAUGAGAAGGGGUAUGCUGGCCAUAGCCUCUCUCAAAGCCAUGGAAGAUGAGAGUGGAAAAACGGCGCCGGUCUCUACUUCGCAGGACGACGCUGGCCUUCAAAAAAGCCCCGACGCGGCUGAACAAAAGCGCACAGCAGCAGCAGCAGCAAAUUUAGAAAGUAAAUUCAAGGCACGCAGGCCAUCUUUCGAGUUUAAUGGCGCAGGCGUGAAGGAAGCAGAGGAAGGAAGUCCAGACGAGGACAUAGAUCUGGAUCUCGACCUCUUCAAUGCCGAAGAAUUCUGA